CCUACAUAAGCAGGCAUAAUUACUGCCCCCCAACGACAUUCUUCACUCUCACUCUCUCUCCCUCUCUCUCUCUUCUCCCUGUCAACUUUCUCUUCACUUCUCUUUCCUCUCUUCUUCUCUACUCUCUCCUCUCCCCUGUAUACUCUCCCAUUUUCAUCAACCCAUCCUGCUUUGUCACCGAUCUCCAUCGAAUACCUACUUACUAUACUCCUCCUUCCCCUUAUCCCCCCGCCCCACGGCCCGCCCCACUACUGUCCGCGCCGUUCUCCUUAGCAAUUCACUUCCUUCUUCUAUUCUUCCAUUUCCUUCCAUUUUCCUUGCAGUAUACUACAUCCGUUCGAUCGACCGGUUUAAUCGAAUCAUCAUGGCGUCCGUGACGUCCUUGGACAAGGACUUGCGCAGUCUGCGCCUGUCCCGCUAUACGCCGCAGGCAGCCGCGGAGGUCCGUGACUGGAUUGAAGACGUCCUGCGCGAAAGACUGCCUUCGUCCGACCUCUUGGAGGGCCUGAAAGAUGGUGUCGCACUCUGCAGACUCGUAAACAUGGUCGUCUCUCCCGGCCUCAAGUACAAACAAUCCUCGAUGCCCUUCGUCCAGAUGGAGAACAUCUCCCACUUCCUCCGCGCGUGCCAGAUGCCGCCCCUGAGUCUCCCGCCGCAUGACGUCUUCCUGACCGUCGACCUCUACGAGGGCAAGGACCCCGCGCAAGUCCUGCAGUGCCUGAUGGCCUUCAGCCGGAGGGCCAAUGCCCUGCAGCCGGCUAAAUUCCCCCGCGCGAUCGGCGUUCAGAGCAAAGGCGGGUCGCUCAGCCCGAAUAUGACCGGCUCCAGUGCAAGCGCGUACAAACCGGCCCGUCCGCGCGGCAUCAGCAACGUCAGCGACGCGAACUCCAGUAUCUCCGGUGCCAGCCCCGGCAAAUCUCCGCAUGUCAGCAGCUGGUCCAAGAAGUCCGACGAGGUCGCCACCUCUCCGGCCUGGAAUAUCCAUCAGUACGGGUACAUGGGCGGAGCGAGCCAAGCCAACCAGGGGGUCGCUUUUGGCGCUCGUCGGCAGAUCACCAGCGCCUCGCCGCACGUGCCGAGUCUGGCCGAGAAGGAGAAGCGCAGGCGCGAGGAAGAAGAGCGCGCCAUCCUCGAGCGCCAGGAGGCGGAGCACAGGCGUCAGCGCGAGCUCGAGGCGGAGGAGCGACGAGCCCAAGAGGAGGAGGAGCGUCGAUGGGAGAUAGAGACGGCCCGUUUGCAGGAGAAGGACAAGGAGCGGCACGCGGCCGAGGCCGAGCGGAAGCGAUGGGAGGAGGAAAAGCGGGCGUGGGAGGCGGAGGAACAGCAGCGCGCACGGGAAGAGAAAGAGGCCGAGGUACGACUCGAGCAGGAGAGGCACCACCAUCGCGAACUGCAGGAUAGCCGACUCAACGGCCAAUUCCUCAGCCAGUACCAAGCCAGUCACCCCAACCCCGGUCGUGCCUCGCCCGACGAAUCGCAGGAGACACAGCGCAUCCGUCAGCUGGAGCGCGAGCUGGAGCUCGCCAAGGAACGAGAGCGACAGUACGAGCAGGGCCGGCAGACCGGGACCCCUGAACCACCCGCGCGCAGCAGCAGCAAUCGCCCCGUCCCGGUACCGCCCAAGCCCAGCUACAGCCUGUCGUCCCUCGAACAGGAGCGCCGACUGCUGCGCACCGAAUGGCAGACGCACCACGAGGAGGAGCCGGACGUCCCUCCCCAGCCUCCGCGUCCGCUCCCCGAGCCAACCCGGUCCGAACAGCCCCCAUCCCUACCCCGCCGACCACUUCCCGAUCCCACAGCAGCGGAGCCUCCCGCGAUGCCGCCACGGGCCCCCCUCGAAACCGCCAACCACGCCACAAACAUGACCCCAUCCCCGCGUCCCCUCCCAGACCCUACAGCGACGCAUGCCCCCAAGCCCCAUCUCCCCGCCAGCCGCGUCGACCAAUACCUCUCCUCCCACCGACCCCCAGUCGCCCCCAAGCCCGCCACCCACCGCCCCCAAGACUACAGCACAACCACCGAAGUCGACGCCGAGAACGCCCGACGCGCCGCCGCUCAACAAAAGACCAAAGCCGGCGGCUGGGCCUCAAAGUCGCUGUUAGAGCGCGAAAUGGAGCGCGAGCGCGAACGUCAGCGCGAGUGGGAAGAGGGCCAGAAGCAGACGCAGGAGGCGGCUGCGCGCGGCCUCAAGGACGGAACGCUGGGCUCCGGCCCGGGACAGGCCUGGGACGUCCAUCAGUAUGGGUUUAUGGGUGGUGAUAAUCAGAAUCGGGGGGGGUCGGGGUUGGGCGUUGGGGGCGCGAGAAGGCAGAUUAUUGGGCCGAGGCCGCCGCCAUAAUCAUUUUUCCCCUUUCUUUUCUUUGAUGGUUUAGAGGGGAGGUCCCAUUUUAUCGCAUCGUUAGUUGUUGUUGUUGUUGUUGUUGUUGUUUGCUUCUUUGGUUCAUCGUGAUUCUUGCUUUGCGCGGGUCUAGC